UGAAGGUGGGGAAACGAUCAAGGCUGAUAUAAUCAUACUUAAUUAAACCACGACAUAAACACCUACAAUCUUGAUAGUUCGAAACUUGUAGUUUACAUAUAAAAUGAUAAUUGUGAAGUUUUUUUCUUUAAUACUUUCAUUUCGACUUGUUGUAAUCCAAUCUUUGGUCAUAGAGGAAUGUUCAAAUGUUAUAGAUAAUAUAAACGAAAAUACUCUCGCAACUCUUACAAAAGCAGUAGUUCCGGAAUUAGAAGGAAAGAAAAAAGGAGAUGCUGGAAAAAUAGCCAUUGUAGGUGGUUCUAUCGAAUAUACAGGAGCACCAUACUUUGCAGCCAUUUCUGCUCUGAAGGUUGGAGCUGACUUAGUUUUUGUAAUUACCACUGAAACAGCAGCAACAGUAAUUAAGUCUUAUAGUCCUGAUCUUAUUGUUAUUCCUCAUUUAUCUAAAAAUAUUAGUUCUCUUCUUUAUAGUAAAGAUGUUGUGGUACUAGGACCUGGCUUAGGUCGGGCAGAGGAAGGAUUAGGCCUAGCAUAUGACACAAUUAACAUAUGUAAAGAAUUACGAAAACCUUUAGUUAUUGAUGCCGAUGGACUUUACGCUAUUUAUAAAAAUGUCUCCAUACUAAAGAAUUAUCCAUACCCUGGAGUUAUAUUAACCCCUAAUAGUGCAGAAGUUAAAAGAUUAAAAGAAGUUAUUCCAGUGGAAGGCGCGAAUCGGUACGAAUUUUGGGGUGAUUAUGUGACAGUCUUAGAAAAAGGUGAACAGGAUCAGUACCAUUCAAACCUUGGAAAAUUCGAUUGGUCUUUAAACGAAGGAGGAUCAGGCAGACGUGCUGGAGGCCAGGGCGACAUAUUAGCUGGUUCAUUAGGGACUUUCUUUAAUUGGGCACUUAAAGCAAACCUUUGUGAAAACGAUCAAUCUGUGUCAUUAGCUCAGAGUGUGGCAUCUUACGCGGCUGCCAAGUUUACCAGAACAUGUAAUUACAAAGCUUUCAAAUCGCAUGGUCGAAGCAUGGUUGCUUCAGAUAUGUUAAAUGAAAUUCACUCUACAUUCGAGGACCUUUUUACAUAAAAUUUAAUACAUUUUUUUACAUUAAAUUCUUCAUUUAUA